AUGAAGCUGUCGCCUUUGGCGCUCCGUGCGGUUUCCCGCCGGGCACGAGACGCGCCGACGCUUCUGAGACAGACAACAAGCCUCCCGUUACACUCUUCUCAUCGGUGGCUGUCUCACACGGCGGUGAGGCGCUCCGAAGGUGAGCGGAAAUGGUCCACGCCGCUCGCUGAGAAGAUCGCGACCGCCAUUGAGGCGACGGAGCCAAUGCCUCUUGCGAGAUAUAUGCGCAUGUGUCUGACUUCCGAUUUGGGAGGCUACUACACUAGAGGUGAUCUCAAGGAGGGCCAUGAUCAGUUCGGGCUCAAGGGGGACUUCGUUACGUCGCCUGAGAUAUCGCAGAUUUUCGGCGAGCUUAUUGGGAUUUGGUUCGUUGCGGAGUGGUUGUCACAGGGGAGGCCGAGUCGGGGGGUUGAGCUUAUUGAGGUUGGACCUGGACGUGGAACUUUGAUGGAUGAUAUCCUUCGAACCAUCAAGAAGUAUCCUAUGGCCCCUGCUAUAGAUGCCAUCUACAUGGUCGAGGCUAGCGCCCACCUACGCAAUGUUCAGAAGAACCUUCUUUGUGGGCCUGAUGCGCAAGUAUCUGAGUCCAAGGUUGGGUAUCACAGCGUCUGCAAGCAUACCGAGAUACCAAUUGUUUGGACGCAGACGAUUGAGUCUAUCCCAAAAGACCCAAAGAAGAUGCCAUUCAUCGUGGCUCAUGAGUUCUUUGAUGCCUUACCGAUUCACGCCUUCCAGGCCGUCGAGCUACCCCCCAACCAGGAUGCUUCCAAUGCAUCAUCAGGUCCUCCACGCACUUCUCCCACUGCCGCCUCUCCACCAACCGCCGCCGGCAAACCCAACAUCCAAUGGCGAGAAAUGGUCGUCUCCCCAGUCCCCGGCCAACCCAAAAUCGACCAAGAAAACCCCGAACCCGAAUUCCAAAUGUCACUCGCCAAACACGCCACGCGCCACUCCCGCCACCUCCCAGACCUGUACCCGCGCUUCCGCAACCUCAAGUCCAUCCCCAACGCGGUGGUAGAAAUCUGCCCCGACGCCGGCCUCUACGCCGCCGAUUUCGCCGCCCGCAUAGGCGGCUCCCCCAAACAUCCUAAGCCCGAACCCUCCGGCGCCGCCCUCAUCCUCGACUACGGCCCCUCUGACACCAUCCCCGUUAACUCCCUCCGCGGCAUCCGGAAACAUCUCCACGUGAGCCCCUUCUCUGAACCAGGGCUCGUCGAUCUUAGCGUUGAUGUGGACUUUACCGCCGUUGCUGACUCGGCCAUUCGUGCGAGUGAGGGCGUCGAGGUUCAUGGCCCCGUUGACCAGGCCGAGUUUUUGACGCGUAUGGCUAUUCGCGAGAGGGCUGAGCAGCUUAUGCGUGCUGCGGAUCCUGAACGUGCUCGUGAUAUCGAGAAGUCGUAUAAGAGGCUCGUGGAUAGGGGACCGAAUGGAAUGGGGAAGCUGUAUAAGGCUCUUGCCAUCCUGCCGGAGAACGGUGGUCGGAGGGCGCCCGUUGGAUUUGGUGGGGAUAUUGCUGGUGCUUAG